AUGACGCAGAUGACUGGAGGAGAGAAGCAAUAUCAACGUCUAUUUUCAGAUACGAAAUGUGAACAACUUUUAAGCGUUUAAAACUAUAAACCCGUUCGUUGACUAGAAUACGUUACAUUUGAUGAACCCUAUCUUCUAAGUACAACCUCUUCGAGAGAUCCAGACAAAAGCGAUGGAGGGAGGAGUGAUGGAGAGAGAAGUGAUGUCUGAGAAGCCAGUCAUGCAGACACAGCCAUCCACACUGCCCUUCUUUGACACGGCCCACGCCUUUAACCUGCUCCGGGGGAUCCACGAACUCCGCGCAGAGCGCAAGUUCUUUGACGUCACGCUCUGCGCAGAGGGCCGCGAGUUCCAUUGCCACCGGACUGUGUUGGCCGCAGCCAGCACCUACUUCAGGGCCAUGUUCGCCGGGACGCUGAGAGAGAGCGCCAUGGACCGUGUGGUCCUUCACGAGGUGUCUGCUGAACUACUGGGCCUGCUGGUGGACUUCUGUUAUACAGGCCGAGUCACAGUCACCCAGGAUAAUGUAGACCUCCUGCUGAAGACGGCCGACCUGUUCCAGUUCCCCUCCGUUAAAGAGGCCUGCUGUGCCUUCUUGGAGCAGAGAUUAGACGUCUCCAACUGCCUGGAGAUCCAGGACUUUGCAGAGGCCUACGCCUGCCAUGACUUGGCCGUCAGCGCCCGCCGCUUCGUCCUCAAGAACAUUGUGGACCUCGCCAAAGGCAAGGACUUUAAGCGGUUGCCCUGGAAACGGCUGCUGGAGUUCGUGUCGGAUGAUGCGCUGUGUGUGGACAAGGAGGAGACGGUCUAUCAGAUCGCGGUGCGCUGGGUUAAAGCAGACUUACAGAGGCGGCUCCACUACUGGCCCACGCUGCUGGAGCAGGUCAGACUACCCUUUGUACGUCGGUUCUAUCUACUCGCCCAUGUGGAAAGCGACCCCCUGGUUUACCUCUCCCCCUCCUGCCUGAGGAUGGUGAGCGAGGCCCGGAGCUUCCAGUCGUGUGAGUAUGACCGGCAUGACAGACCCUGCCAACGCAUGCGGCCGCGGCCCUCCACCGGCCUGGCUGAGAUCCUGGUGGUGGUGGGCGGCUGUGACCAGGACUGUGACGAGCUGGUCACUGUGGACUGUUAUAACCCUCAGACUGGACAGUGGCGCUACCUGGCCGAGUUCCCCGAUCACCUGGGAGGGGGCUACAGUAUGGCCGCCCUGGGCAAUGAUAUGUAUGUCACAGGAGGAUCUGACGGUUCGCGUCUCUAUGAUGGCGUGUGGCGCUACAACUCCAGCGUUAACGAGUGGACCGAGGUGUCGCCAAUGCUCAAAGCACGGGAGUACCACAGUUCCUGUGUCCUCAGAGGUCAGCUGUAUGUGGUGGCGCCAGACAGCACGGAGCGCUACGACCACGCGCUGGACUGCUGGGAGGCCCUGCCCGCCAUGCUGCACUCUAUGGACAACUGCUCCACCACCACCUGUAAGGGGCGUCUCUACGCCAUCGGCUCCAUGACCACAACAGGGGAGGACAACAUGGCCAUACAGUGUUACGAUGUGGACACCAACCGCUGGACCCUGGUCAACUGUGGCGAGCUGCCACCAUGGUCUUUCGCUCCCAAGACGGUCACCCUCAAUGGGCUCAUCUACUUUGUCAGGGAUGACUCGGCAGAGGUCGACAUCUACAACCCUCAGAAGAAUGAAUGGGACAAGAUCAGCCCCAUGACACAGGUCCAUGUAGGAGGCAGUGUGGCAGUCCUGGGUGGUCGUCUCUUCGUGUCUGGUGGCUAUGACAACACAUUUGAGCUGUCUGACAUAGUGGAGGCCUACGACCCCUCCACCCAUAUCUGGACACCCGCAGGCCGCCUUCCCCAGCCCACCUUCUGGCAUGGCAGUGUCAGCAUCUUCCGCCAGCUCAUGCCCGCCGUAUCCAACGCUUUCGAACCCAUUGACCUGCCCGAGGCUAACUCCAUCCACCUGCACCGACACCACCGCAACCAGGCCAUGCACAACCACAACCUCAACGUCAACCCAGUGUAACGCACUCCAAAAACUAAUGGGUCAGGGAAUAUCAUACUGACCACUGUUUCAGCCAUUUUAGGUUUACUGUGAAAACAUACCUCUUUAUGAUGCUACAGAAAAGGUGUAAAUACAGAGUGAUCAAAUGAUCCUGCAUGGAUGUGAUCACUAUAGGACUGUAACUACAUUACAUUGUGCUUAUGUGACUGAACAUGUGUGCAAUUUUGUGAUCCCCAUGUAAUUCACUUGCCUACCACACUGUCAUUGAUCAUGAUCAAUGGGCAUAUUAUUGACUGGACUAAUAGAGUGACUGGGUAUGAAGGUCUCAUGUUGGGGAAAGAAAAAUCUAUACAUACAUGGAUAAUCUACGGCAGGCAGUAGUGUAUUAUCUAGAUUAUGGUUAUACAGUUGAAGUCGGAAGUUUACAUACACCUUAGCCAAAUACAUUUAAACUCAGUUUUUCACAAUUCCUGACAUUUAAUCCUAAAAAUUCAUAAAAACAUAAUAAUUCCAUUUUAGGUCAGUUAGGAUCACCACUUUAUUUUAAGAAUGUGAAAUGUCAGAAUAAUAGGAGGGAGAAUGAUUUAUUUCAGCUUUUAUUUCUUUCAUCACAUUCCCAGUGGGUCAGAAGUUUACAUAUACUAAUUGAGUGUUUGGUAGCAUUGCCUUUAAAUUGUUUAACUUGGGUCAAACUUUUCGGGUAGCUUUCCACAAGCUUCCUAUAAGUUGGGUGAAUUUUGGCCUAUUCCGUCUGACAGAGCUGGAGUAACUGAGUCAGGUUUGUAGGCGUUCUUGCUCGCACACGCUUUUUCAGUUCUGCCCAUGAAUUUUCUAUGGGAUUGAGGUCAGGGAUUUGUGGUGGCCACUCCAAUACCUUGACGUUGUUGUCUUUAAACCAUUUUGCCACGACUUUGGAAGUAUGCUUUGGGUCCAUGUCCAUUUGGAAGACCCAUUUGCGACCAAGCUUUAACUUCCUGACUGAUGUCUUGAGAUGUUGCUUCAAUAUAUCCACAUAAUUUUACUUUCUCAUGAUGCCAUCUAUUUUGUGAAGUGCACCAGUCCCUCCUGCAUCAAAGCACCCCCACAACAUGAUGCUACCACCCUCGUGUUUCACAGUUGGGAUGGUGUAAUUCGGCUUGCAAGCAUCCCCCUUUUUCCUCCAAACAUAACGAUGGUUAUUAUGGCCAAACAGUUCCAUUUUUGUUUCUUCAGACCAGAGGACAUUUCUCCAAAAGUACGAUCUUUGUCCCAAUGUGCAGUUGAAAACAGUAGUCUGGCUUUUUUAUGGUGGGUUUGGAGCAGUGGCUUCUUCGUUGCUGACCGGCCUUUCAGGUUAUGUUGAUAUAGGACUCGUUUUACUGUGGAUAUAGAUACUUUUGUACCUGUUUCCUCCAGCAUCUUCACAAGGUCCUUUGCUGGUGUGCUGGGAUUGAUUUGCACUUUUCACACCAAAGCAUGUUCAUCUCUGAGACAGAACGAGUCUCCUUCCUGAGUGGUAUAACGGCCGCGCGGUCCCAUGGUGUUUAUGCUUGCGUACUAUUGUUUGUACAGAUGAACGUGGUACCUUCAGGCAUUUGGAAAUUGCUCCCAAGAAUGAACCAGACUUGUGGAGGUCUACAUUUUUUUCCUGAGGUCUUGGCUGAUUUCUUUUGAUUUUCCCAUGAUGUCAAGCAAAGAGGCACUCCUCCAAUUGACUCAGGCUAAUUGACAUAAUUUAUCAGAAGCUUCUAAAGCCAUGACAUUUUCUGGAAUUUUCCAAGUCGUUUAAAGGCAGUCAACUUAAGUGUAUGUAAAAUUCUGACCCACUGGAAUUGUGAUACAGUGAAUUAUAAGUGAAAUAAUCUGUCUGUAAACAAUUGUUGGAAAAAUGACUUGUGUCAUGCACGAAGUAGAGGUCCUAACCGACUUUCUAAAACUAUAGUUUGCUAACAAGAAAUGUGUGGAGUGGUUGAAAAACAAGUUUUAAUGACUCCAACCUAAGUGUAUGUAAACUUCCGACUUCAACUGUAUAUCUUUUUUAAAUUUUUUUAUCUUACAUAAUCAACUAACUACAGAGUUGUUUUCCACUUUCCGGUUGUGAGAGCCAACAUUAUCGCUCAUAAUCAGUGGCAUGACCCCAAACAUUCCAAAAGCUAAUACAACCACCACAAUGUUUUCUAGCACUAACCAGCUUUGAUAACCAUUGUGAAAUUAAUCUGGAGACUUGUCCAGUGCUGUACAACUAUGGAACCUUAGGAUGGAAUCAGAGCAUGUGAUGCAACUGGGACUGGGUUGCUAAAACCCCAUCAAAGUGAUAAAUUAAAUAGAUGUGUCCCUGUUUUAUUGAUAUGAUAGAUUAUCAGAUGCUGAUCACCGUUUUGCUCUCCCUCAUCUAGACUGACUGUUUACACCUAAUUGGCACGACUACCAAUGUAGCCUGCAUGAAGUACUGGUCAUAUUUUCUUUCAAGGUGCAUUUAUUUUAUUAUAGAUGCUUUAAUAUUUUAUUAGAAUGGUUUAGUGUUAUUUAUGAAAAUGUAUUUGUAGUGUUAGUUCAUAUAACGUUAGUGUGUUUUCCUAGUGCAACAGGUGGCAGAGGUACAUAUGAAGAUAGAUACCGGUGACAACCGCUGUUAUGGUAACUGGAGGUGGUAACACAUUCUCAAUUUAUUUGUGCAACAUGUGUUUGACUAAAGUUAAUUUUAGUAUUGUUUACUUACUGUAAUGCCAUUCAGUUGUGUGUUUUAUUAGUUUUCAUACAAGAUGUUUGAGUUGUCCCAACACAGUUUUUCAUAUUUGCGUUGUUUGUAUACUGUAGAGAGGUCAUCCUUACAGUGUGAUUACAAUAAAACUGCAGGCAGGACUGCCACUUUA